AUGAAGAGCUGCUGGAUCCUCCUUCUCCAGAUAAGCGCAAUCAUUAGCGCUUGUCUGGCUCUAAGCUUGAGGGUGCCUAGGGAGGAGGGCGCGGCAGGAGAAGUAGGGAACGACACCAGCGAGGUGUUGGCGGUGUCGGCGGGGCCCGCAGAACAGCCAGAUCCCAGCGGCCAUUCUCGUUCCCAUCUCGACGAGUCCCAGCCCCCGUCCCAGCCCGAAUUCGCCGCGCCCGACCCGGACAACGAGACCGCUCUGGAGAUCCCGGUGUCGCACCAGGGCUGCACGAACCGGUUUCUGGGGGACGAUAACAUCAUACGCGGCAUGCAGAAGAUGGUGGACUGGAGCUCUCGGGGCAAUACGGUCCUGGCCAGGAGCUACCACAUGGUGAGGUUGGGCAACGUGGCGGUGUACCUCUGCAACUGCAAGGGCCACUGGCGCGACGCCGCGCCGCCCAACGAGAUGAGCGAGGUCUACAUGCGCCUGCUCAUCCAUUGCGGGAGGGGCCGGUCCGACUGGAUCUUCAGCAAGAAGUGGGAGAAGGGAUACGGCGUCGAUUCCGAGGCCGUGAUCGGCCACUUGCAGAACCUGGAGAGCUUGUGCCCCCAUAACUGCUGGUUGAUACCGCGACCACCUGACAAGGAUAACUAA